AUGCCUCACGUCCACGGAAAGUCCCGAAAAUGGGCGACGAUCAAACACGACAAAGCCAAGAACGACGCCGGCAAGAGCAAGCAGCGCUCCCUCAUGACCCGCGACAUCACCAACGCCGUGAAGCAGGGCGGGGCCGACCCGAACAUGAACGCACGCCUCCACCUCGCCAUCGCGACCGCAAAGAAGAGCGCCGUGCCAAAACAAUCCAUUGAAGCCGCCAUCGCGCGAGGCCAGGGUCUCUCCGCCACCGGCGCUGCGCUCGAGAACCUGACCAUGGAAGCCAUUCUUCCCCCCUCGAUUGCCACUAUAAUAGAAUGCCAGACGGACAACAAGCUGCGUGCGCUAGCAGAGAUGAGACUGAUUGUCAAGGAAGCCGGUGGCCAGGCCGGACAGAAAGUGCUGCACAUGUUCGAGAAGAAAGGCCGGAUAAUACUCGCGAAGAAGGAGAAUGUUGGUGUGGAUGAAGUGCUGGAGCCUGCACUGGAUGCUGGUGCAGUAGAUGUCAUCGAGGAUGAUGAGGGCCGCGUGGUUUUGUUCACUGAGCCUGCGGACACAAACAAGAUUGCUGAGUCCUUGGCAAAAGAGCUGGACAUGGAGAUUGAAGAGAGCGAGAUCAUCUACGAUCCCAACGAGGACUACAAGGUCCCGCUGGACGACGAGGGUGCGGCCAAAGAGCUGAGUGAACGUUUCUUGGACAAGCUGCAGGACGUCCAGGGGAUACAGGGAGUCUACAUGAACUGGAGCAAAGGUGCCAUCUCAGAUGAGAUCUGGGAGGAGCUGUCGAGCAAGGUCAACGUUUGA